CAUUCGCCUUAUUCCGUGAGGGAGGGGGUGAUUUUUUUUCGCUUUCUCCUCGGAAGAGCGCAGAUUCCAUUGGAGAAGCUUUCCACCUCCCCGCCUGCAUAGUACGGUCUGCGAUCACAGCGAAGCUGAAUGAGGCGAGAAAGCUGUCAGUAUCAUCCUCAGCACCCUCAACGAGCGGCAUCGGCUCCCAAAUAUUCCGUGGCAAUCGGUGCACUCUGUCCUCGAGCAGGAGACACCCCGGGGCGGCUCGCUCUCCUCCACUAACCGCACAUCAUCUUUGGAGCCGGCAAUGAAACAGGCGCUACUCGAGCUGACGAGGAUGAGCAGGAUAUGCCGGAUGGUGCUGGCCACUUGUUUUGGAUCUUUUAUUCUGGUCGUCUUCUAUUUUCAAAGUAUGUUCCAGCCAGUAAUGCAUAGGAAUCCUUUUGCUUCUGAUGUAUGUUGCCGAAAAGGAUCGAAGAAUGCCUUGCAGGAGCUUUACAAUCCCACUCAGCCAGAAUAUGCCAACACUGCAGUCCUACACCAGCUGCGAAGAGACCAAGUUCUAGAGACCUGUCGUGUCUACAGUGCCACAAGCCGCAAACGCCGUGUCUUGACUCCAGGAGAUCUGAAACACUUGGUUGUAGAUGAAGAUCAUGAAAUGAUUUAUUGUUAUGUUCCCAAAGUUGCUUGCACCAACUGGAAAAGAGUGAUGAUGGUAUUAACAGGCAGGGGCAAGUACAGUGACCCCAUGGGUAUUCCUCCCAAUGAAGCUCAUAUCCCUUCCAACCUGAAAACCCUCAAUCAGUACAGCAUCCCAGAAAUUAAUCACCGCUUGAAAAGUUACCUCAAGUUCCUUUUUGUUCGUGAACCCUUUGAGAGGCUGGUGUCUGCUUACCGAAACAAGUUUACCCGCAAAUACAACACAUCUUUUCAUAAACGGUUUGGCACCAAAAUUGUACGACGACAGCGCAAGAAUGCCACGCAGGAGGCACUGCAUAGUGGCAGUGAUGUCAAGUUUGAAGAGUUUGUGGGCUACCUCACUGACCCUUCCACCCAGAGGGAGGAACCCUUUAAUGAGCACUGGCAAACUGUCUACUCUCUGUGCCACCCUUGCCACAUUCACUAUGACCUGGUGGGCAAGUAUGAAACAUUAGAGGAGGACUCUAAUUAUAUUCUCUGGCUGGCCGGGGUCAGCGACUACCUUCGUUUUCCUACUUAUGCCAAGUCUACCCGAACCACAGAUGAAAUGACGGCAGAAUUCUUCCAAAAUAUAAGCUCUCAACAACAGAUGCAGCUUUUUGAACUGUACAAGCUCGACUUCUUGAUGUUCAACUACUCCACACCGAGCUACCUGAAAAUGGAAUGAAGACUUGAGGACCUGAUCAUGCUUGAAAUUCCCAUGCUGCCAAACAGAGGCUGGGGUUUUGGUAACCAUAUUUUCAACUUUAGUGGCUUUAUGGCCCUGUGCUUGAAUAAGAAGUUGUUUGGGUUCUGCUUUAAUAUCCCUUCUAAUGUCUUUGGGAUAUAUCAUUUUUAAAGAACCUUUGUCACUUGAAACCUCAGAUCAUUACAUGAUUUCUCUUAUUAAGUGUAACUACCUAGAAGAGAGAACUCACAGGCCAGACCAGCCUUGUAUCUUCUCUUUGUCAUAGGUAAGAAUAAUGUUGGCCUCAGCUCUGUCAGGUGAAAUACCAUACAGGAGAAUACCCCAGCCAUGAAAACACAGAAUUUAAGAAAAUAAAGGGUAGAAAAUAAAGGUUUGCAUCGUGAAUUCCAACUCUUCAGUAUCUGAAAAAUGAAACCAAAGACCAUAUAAUCUGUAGUCUUACCAUUGCAUUAGAGCACUCCUUAAAAUGAGAGAGGAAAAGUGAAAGAGAUGGCUCAUGGGGGAUGAAGAUUAAAAUCCUAUAACUAUCUGAAGUAGUUCUGCUAUUGCUCGGGCGCGCUAAAUGAAACAUCUCACAGGCCUGACCUUUUUAUUUUUCAAUUAAGUUGAAAACAAAGCCCUGUGAAGAGAUGUUCCGAUUAUCAUGGCGUUACUAAGGAUGUUUAAAGACCUAGAAAUCUUUGACCUGACAUUUGUAAUUAUAUGUGAGGAACCCAAGCUGAGAGAUAUCGGGGUCUAUAGAGUUAUCUCAUUUCACUGAAAAUGGUAACAGAUGAUAUUGAAUUGCAAGCAGGCCUAAAUAAAGCACCUUAAAUUUGGCAGCUGGGAUGCACAUCUGCCUUUGUGAUGCAGUACCUUGCAGGAAAGUUGCUUAUGCUGCACAAACCAUUGCUGUCGACUGGAUGCAUAUUGAGGAACCUGGUGCGCCAAAAAUGAACUUGAAAGACUCGCACUACCAUGGCAGUUUUGAGAGACAUUCAAGGGGGUUGAACCUAUUCUUGCUCACAAUAUAAAAACAAUUCCCCAUUUUUUUGUUUGUUUUUGGUCUCAAGAGAAGACUCGGAUGUUUUCUUUUAUGCAUUAUAAUUUUAUUUUCUGCUUUUAUGUUUUUCAAAAAUUUGUUCAUAAGGAAAUUCAUCUAAUGGAAAAUGCUCCAGUGAGGACCUUUCACAGGAGGUGACAGAUUUGAACCCCUACUUUUAUGAUUACAAGACUUUGUUUUUUUUUUUGGAAAUGGAUGAUUUUUAUUCAUAUAAAUAAGGAUGCUGCGAGCAGCAUGAUCAAAAUUAUUUAAAUGACUAUGGGAAAGGAUGGAUUGCUUUUUUGUUACAAUUUUGGGAACUGAUAGGGUCGAUUUUGAUUUUUUUUUCUUCCUUUUGUUUUCUGUUACAUCCUCUUGAGUGUGCGAUAAUUAAGUGUUAUUUAUUUUUUUGUGAAAAACUGGGACGUAUUUCAUUGAACGUUCUGCCACCAAAAUGCCACCAUGGCCUCAUCAGAGUGCAAACCAUUUUUUUGGUAAAAACAUAAACGCUACGGCCUCUGCUGCUUACACCAAACUCCAAAAUGGUUAUGGCAUAUUGAUACAUAUUCAGUUUUGACUCCUUAUCGCUGGAUGCCAGAAGUUCAUAGCAGGCUGUUUUGUCUUGAAACCCAUUGUUCCAGAAGACAUUAUAAGGGUUAAACCAAAAUUGUAAAAUGUUUAAUACCCUCUAGAGAAGUUUGUUGCAAAUCAAAUGAAGCACUCAAUACUUGCCUGUAUGCGUUGGUUUACAAAGUAUGUGAUGAAAGAAAGAAUGGGGAAUAUGAGCAUUGAUCAAUCUUUAUUUAAUGCAGUGUGAUUAACAACAUGCGCCGUUAGAUGGUAGCAAAAAGCGCAAACAAUCAGCCGUAAACUGUCCAAAAGAAACAUUACUAUAAAACAUCCAUCCAUCCAUUUUCCCACCCCCAUCAUCUUGAGCACGGUUGCAUCAGGUAAGCUACAUAAAACAAGAGAAUAUGGGGACAUGGUUCGAAAACAUAAGGGAAAGUUUAGCACAAAUGUUAAGUUUUAUUUCAUGCAAAAAUCCAUUGACAUAUGGAAUAAAUUACCAAGUAGUGCGGUGGAGAGUAGGACUUUAGAAACCUUAAAAUCUCAAGUUGAUGAUCCUUUGGACAUUCUAGGUGAAUACGCUGGAGGGGCUUGUUGAGCUGAAUGACCUGUUCUCAUCACAUUAUUCUGCUGUUCUAAAAAGACGAAAUAAUAAAAAAAAAAAAAAAAAACAUGAUAGGAGGAGGGCGAAAACAUGUGACAGAUUGUGCCCACUGUAGGGGUUAACAGCCAAAAUAACAAGGAGCUUACCACCGGAUCACUUGGAGAGCCUAUAAAGUGAAAUAUCAGCCGAGGUUCAUUUAUCCACCAAUUUUCUGUCCUGGAAACUGUCGGCAAGGCAGGUUGUCAGUCUAUUGCAGGACAUACUUGCUCACACUAUUGUAAUAAACAUGGCAAGUGGUUUGCUUUCAUGAACACCUUCAGUGUUACACAUUCUGGUAGAUGAUGACGUCCUCACAGGUUUCUGUUCGCAGGACAGCGUGAAAGCUGGACAGUCCAGAACUGCCAUUCAGUUU